CUCUGACAGGCUUCAGUUCUCGGCGAUACCUUGCAGGCGGAAGAACUUCGUUGGACACUUGAAGUAUCAUCAGCUCACAGUUGCGUUGCGUGUUACCCACUAGAAGUGCCGAAUCAACAUCAUCCCCCUAGAACGCAGAUGGCCGGCUUGAUCCAACGACACGGUUCUGUCCUAGUGCGUCGAUUUCUCACCAAUGGAAAACGGAUUACCAACAGGGCACUCGCGGUGACGCAAUUCCACACCAGUGCCCAACUGGACAAGACCGUUUCGUUCAACCUGUCGGAUAUCGGGGAAGGAAUCCGCGAGGUAACGGUCAAGGAGUGGUUCGUCAAGGAGGGCGAUGUCGUUGAGCAGUUUGACAACCUGUGUGAAGUCCAGAGUGACAAGGCGUCGGUCACGAUCACCAGUCGGUACGAUGGAAAGAUCCUCAAGCUGCACAAGAUGGUAGAUGAGAUCGCGUUGGUUGGUAAGCCUUUGCUGGAUUUCGAUGUCGAAGAUGAAGAGGGCGAGGAUAGCAGCAGCAGCAGCGGAGAGAGCAGCUCCGAUGAAGAAGAAGUUAAGGUACAGGCUGUGGCCGCUGGUGGCGCAGCUGCCGCAGCGACAGCAGCAUCUGUGAUCUCAAGUGGGAAGGUGCUGGCAACGCCUGCUGUUCGGAGAAUCGCUAUGGAAAACAAAGUGGAUCUACGCGAGGUGAAGCCAUCCGGCAAAAAUGGACGCGUCCUUAAGGGUGAUGUUCUGGAGUUCUUGAACAUCAUUCCACAGGGAACCGUCAAACCUCAUCCUACUUUGGCCCAAGCCAAACCCACCACAGCUGCACCGUGUCCAAAGUCUAUGGAAACUGUUGUGCCAUUGAAGGGCGUUGCCAAGGCCAUGUACAAAUCGAUGUCUGAAUCACUGAAAAUUCCUCACUUCGCCUACAGCGAUGAAAUUGACGUUUCUCAGCUGGUGAAAGUCCGCGAAGCUCUCAAAGCCGAAGCUCUGGCUCGCGGCGUCAAACUAACCUAUAUGCCGUUCUUCGUCAAGGCUGCUUCCAACGCUCUCAAAGAGUUCCCGAUCGUCAACAGUUCGUUCGAUGAGCCCAACGAAAGCGUCGUCUACAAGUCCUACCACAACAUUAGCAUUGCCAUGCACACCCCUCAAGGACUGGUGGUUCCAAAUGUCAAAAACGUCGACAGCAAAUCGAUCCUCCAGAUCGCGGCUGAGCUGAACGCGCUUCAGGAACGCGGCGCUAAGGGAACUCUCACUCCAGACGACUUCGUCAAUGGAACCUUCUCCUUGUCUAACAUUGGAAUCAUCGGAGGCACCUACACCCACCCCUGCAUCAUGGCCCCUCAGGUGGCAAUCGGAGCCAUCGGGCAAACGAAGGUCCUCCCACGCUUCGACGCCUCCGGCAAUGUGGUCCCGGCGCACAUCAUCAACGUAAGCUGGUCGGCCGAUCAUCGGAUCAUAGAUGGCGUAACCAUGGCCUCCUUCUCGAACGCAUGGAAACGUCAGCUGGAGAAUCCCAACCUGUUCCUGCUGACGGCGCAGUAGGCCUAGCCAAGGGAAACCCAUAUGGAAAGGAAACGAAUGCAUUUACAUACACUAGGAUAAUGGUGAUUCCUCUCGAACGAUUCAAAACGCUACCAGAUUGCAUUUAUUUUGUCUCACUCAGUAGAAACGCGCGUGCAAUGAUUGCAUCUCUUAUUUUAACCAAUUAGAAGCCAUACGCGGAACGUGAAACGUUUUCUAAGACCAGGUCUGUGUAUAUAUUGUUAGAAAUAUAUUGAUUGAAACAAACGCCCGA